AUGUCGGACAGUGUGAAGAAGCCGAAAUCAUCAUUGUUGAUGUAUUUGCUGAUUGUUGUCAGCGUAUUGGUGCUGUUAUGUGCCGCUACGAUACUGUAUCUGGUCGCUGGUAGCCGAACACUAGACGUGCAGCCAACGAAUGCUACCAGUUCACCAUUGUUCCUUGCCCCUGAAGCGACUCCAACUUCAAAUCUCAAAAAUUCCAUCACUUCCUCAAGCGUCAAAGUAAGCACAACCAAAUCACUUCCACGUAGCAAAAUCGCUGCCACCACAACGCCAGCGACGCUAUCUGCAGGAAUGUCACCUACAGCGAAGAAGACUACCACUGAUGCUCCUGCGACAACUGUCACUUCGACUUCUAGUUCGACGACAGCCACCGCAUUUACCACUACAUCGCUUUUUGAGUUCACGACAAUCGCUUCCACAACGACAGAAGAAGCGGAAGUAAAUAGUGACGAACCGCCUAUCACUGAAAAAACAAUUCAGGAGGUUACUAGUCAGCCACAAACAGACCCAAACGCUGAGUUGGUUGACAAAUGCUCUCUAGUCGUCGCACAAAGUGUCACCUGUCCGAAAACGAGGGAUGAUGUGAUCACACUGCCGCUAUCCGCGUUCUCCCCGUUACACUACUCUCUCAACCUGUCCAUACAGUCAGUAGUGCCAACAACAUUCGAGGGUGAUGUACAGAUAUUUGCCAAAGCUAAUGUCGGCGGGAAGCAGGUUUCACUUAACGUGAACAAUCAACUUCGCCAUAUUGACGAUAUUCAUGUGGUGAAUUGUGACAGUGGAGAAACAUUGUGUGUGGCAAAGACUGUGUUCGACCAACAUGAGCAGCUCCUCUCGUUGAUUUUGUUCGACACUGUAGAAGCGGGCACCAAUCUUCGCAUAGAUGUUUUGAAGUUCACUUCAGUGGACAAUAGAGAUAUCACCUAUUCCCAGAUUGCUCCUCGUUGGAAUAGAAACGCUCCGACCAUGGUGGGUUCACUGCUGACAUACGGUUCAGCUAAGAAGAUCUUUCCUGUGAUGGAGGUUCCGGCCCAAAAGACAUCUUUUGAUUUGUGCAUACGGUUUACUCCGACCGGACACGUUCGAUCAAACGCAGCCACAAAAACUGUGGUGGACGGACAAACAUGUUUCGAGAAGACUUUCCCACUCUCCACUCAUCAAAUAGCUUUCUCGGCUUUUGAAAAGGCAGAGACGUUGAUUUAUAACCGCACAGCUCUGGAUGGCGUCUAUAUCCCAGCCGUUGAGAUUGUCUUCUCGCUGAACAGGAAUUUUAAACGUGAAAAACAUGAGUGGAUUUACAACGAGGCCACAAAGGUGAUUUCGCUAAUGACGCAGUGGACGAGUUUUCCAUAUCCCCUCGGUGCACUAAAAAUCUUCUCGGCUCCAAUUCGAGCAUCAUCUCAUUCUGCUUUAGGACUAAUCACUUUACAGGAUCGUCUCAUCGAACAUCCCUCGUAUACCUUAGCACAUGUCUCUGUGAUCCAGUCAGUGAUCCAGCAAUGGCUUUCUGGGAUCGUCUCCAUGUCAAGCAUUGAUGAGUCUUGUUUUGUGGAAUCGCUAACCACGUAUUUGGAAUGGAAAGUGAAUGAGCAGCUAGAAAUCGUGAACAAAACGCGUGCCGCCGAGAUAGAGACGAUCCGACCGAAGGAUUUAACUGCUGAAGGCCGUGAUGAUACAAGAGUGCUGCGAUCUUUGGAGACGAUGCAAUCUUGUCCGGAACGAUUUGUAUCUAUUUUCUACACUCUCGACGAGACGUUUGGCCAAGAUACCGUGAUCAAUAUGUUGAGGCUUAUAUUCCUUAAAUUCGCCUACUCGUCGACGAGUAUCUCGGAUUGGCAGCAAGCAGUUGUGGAAGCCACCGGAAAUCAUUACGCAGGACAAAUGCUUUCCGAGUGGUUCUCACGAAAGACUCGUCCAAUUCUACAUCUACAUGUGAUGGCACAAGCUCUGCAAUUUGAGCAAAUGACCGAUGAGCUGUGGACAGUACCUGUGGAAGUGGCAGGAUCGUCGGGCGUACAACUAGUAGCAGUGACCGAUAAGUCUGUGGUGAUACCGUACUCCUCACACGAUUACGUCAUCGCUGAUCCUCGACGGAAAUCCACUGCUAUGAUUGUUCAUGAUGUGGACUCCUAUGUCCGAAUGAUCCGGUGCUGGGAUGACUCACGUUGUCCCGCUUCCCAAUCAGGUCUACGAGGAAUAGUGAGGGACCUGGCUGCAGUUCUCCUCACAAACAAGCUACCAGCACCACAAAUUUCGGACAUACCGAAGUGGAAGGCGGUUUUCAAAUUCGCACAAAUCCACCGCAUCUUUGACGGCAACGCUGCAUGCUGUGCUGAAUACGCAAUUUCACGGACAGCAGACAUCGCUUGCACGUGGGUGAUACGAGACACAUGUCAAAAGAUCUCCUUGAUCAACGCUGUGGCGGCCGGUGCUUAA